CAGAGGCAAAGCACUGAAGGCAGAGAACUCUGCAGCUUUAACCGCCCAAGUUUUUCGUCUUUGAACAGGAUGCUUAGAACUGUAUCUGAAGAAAAGAACACAGCUUUAAUGUUACUGGUUUCAAGUUUCUAGAAUAAUAAAGUUUUCAGGAAAAUUCUGGAAAACUGCAAAAGGACCAGCUCUGUCCUGCUUCCUGUUGACUGAAAGAGUGUGAUUCUGCCACAUUCCAGACCAAAUAGCUCCAAGAACACACACCUCAAGUUUCUAAUACAAAAAGAAGUUUCCAGAAAAGCUUUGGAAUAAAUUUGAAGCUUGGACAUGAAUGGACAAACAACUCAACCUAAAAUGAUAAAAGACUGGACCAAAGAACAUGUGAAAAAGUGGAUAACUGAAGACCUUAACAUUGAUGAGAAAUAUGCUCAAAUCUUGUUCAAUGAAGAGGUAACAGGGAUGGUCCUUCAAGAACUAACUGAAAAGGAUCUUAGGGAAAUGGGGUUACCACGGGGUCCUGCACUUCUGAUAAGGCGUAUGUAUAACAAAUUGAACAAUUCCCCUGAAAGUGACAAUCAAGAUUCCAGACAAUUAAGUAUUACAAAACUCUCAAUAAAAGAACACCAAAAAAGGAUCAAAAAUGAAGAAGAAAAAUCAGUUUCAUCCAAUAGUGCUCAUGAUCUCAGAGAGACAGGACAGAAUGAAGAGGAAGAGCCAAGUCUUAAGGAAGAAAAUGCAUUUAGUGAUAUAGCAACUAAAGACAUGGAAGGUGGUCAGCCCAAACCAGAACAGAUGGCUUGCAUGCCCUACCCGUUUGAUUCUUUCCAUGAAGCCAAACAAUAUAUAGAACAUUCUAUUCUACGAGUGCCUGAAACAGGGCCACUCAAUUUAAUCGACCCAGUACAUGAAUUCAAAGCUUUCACAAACACAGAAGCAGCCACAGAAGAGGACCUUAAGAUGAAAUUUAGCAAUGAAGUCUUCAGAUUUGCAGCAGCUUGUAUGAACUCACGCACCAAUGGCACUAUCCAUUUUGGAGUGAAAGACAAACCACACGGAGAAGUUGUUGGUGUGAAAGUCACCAAUAAAGAUGUCUUUAUUAAUCACUUCAAUGUAAUGAUCACAAAGUAUUUUGAAGACAGUGACAUCAAGGAAGCCAGGGCAUGUAUACGGGAACCAAGGUUUGUGGAAGUCCUACUGCAAAACAAUACUCCAUCUAAUAGAUUUGUCAUAGAGGUAGAUGUUAUUCCCAAACAUUCCAUAUGUAAAGAAAAGUCUUUCUACAUUAUGAUGCAAAGUUGCACCGAUAAAACAUGGAAACAGAGCAAAGAUAGUUCAUUGUUUGUGAGAGAAGGAGCUAGCUCUAAAAAUAUCCUGGCCAAUGUCAAGCAGCGGGAUAGAGAAUUCAAAAAAUUUCUAGAGAAUUUAAAGACAUGGACAAAGUCUAGAAAGGAGGCUGAAGAAGAACAACAUAGGGUGGUGGUGAAGAAAGAGAGUGAAGGACUAAAACUGUCUAAACUUUUGACCAGACACCAAGGCUCACUGGAUAAAUCCUACUAUGACUGGUACAUUCUUGUAACAAAUAACUGUGCACCAAAUCAAACAGAGCACUUAGAUUUUAUAAAGGAAAUUAAGUUGUUUGCUGUGCUGGAUUUUGAUCCUUUCUCUCGGGUCAAGGGAGUGGUCAAGGCUUACAGAGAAAGCAGAGUUGCAAACCUUCACCUGCCCAGUCAGUAUGAAGAAAAAACUUCCAUAGAAGAGAAAAUUUCUUCUCUGAAACUUUAUGAGCAGCCCAGCUGGAUCUUCUGCAAUGGCAGAGUAGACUUGAAGGAUGAGUCGUGUCAACCUCUAGAGCCACAAGCAUGGCAGAAAGAAAGGGCUUCUGGGGUUAGAAGACUUAUUUCAUUCCUCACAGAUGAAAAUAUUUUAGUGAAAGGGAAGGUCUUGGUGGUGUUCCUCUUGCUUUCUCCAGUAGAAAACCAAAAAGAUCCACUCAUUGAGACUUUCUGUGCUUUCUAUCAAGUUUUCAAUGGAAUGGACAAUACGUUGUGUAUCUGUGUUAACUCUGAUAUCUACCAACGAUGGAGUGAUCUACUACAAGUAAGACUGGGAAUUGAAGAUGAUUUAGAAAAACACAGCAUUUCCACUUUAAAUAUAGAACUGAUCAACAAUACCAUCCUUAAACUGAAAUCAGUCAUUCAGUCUUCAAGAAGAUUUUUGCCUUCCUGUGGAUCCUCCUCCGUUAUUCUGGAGAAAAUGGAGGAAGAUAUCCUGACUGCACUGGAAAUCCUCUGUGAAAAUGAGUGUAGGGACACAGACAUAGAGAAAGAUGAAUCUGAAUUCCUAGAGUUUAAGAAAUCGAGAGAAGAACACUUUUAUCGAGGAGGCAAAGUAUCCUGGUGGAACUUCUAUUUUUCUUCUGAAAACUAUUCCUCAGCUUUUGUGAAAAGGGAUAGGUUUGAAGAACUUACUACUUUAAUACAGCAGUGUGCAGACUCCCCUAAGCCGAUCUUUGCCAAAGUCAUCAACCUGUACCACCACCCAGGAUGUGGCGGCACUACCUUGGCUAUGCAUGUUCUCUGGGACCUAAAGCAGAAGUUCCGAUGUGCUGUAUUGAAAAACAAAGCAACUGAUUUUGCAGAGAUUGGAGAACAAGUAAGCAAGCUGUUCAGCUACAAAGCUACCAGCCACCAGGACUACAUUCCCGUUCUUCUCCUUGUAGAUGAUUUUGAAGAUCAAGAAAACACCUACAUUCUGCAGAAUGCCAUCAAUUCCUUUAUAGCAGAAAAGGGUCUGAGAUAUGAAAAGACACUAGUAAUAAUUUUGAACUGCAUGAGAUCGCAGAAUCCAGAUGAAAGUGCAAAGUUAGCGGACAGCAUUUCACUCAAAUACCAACUUUCUCCCAAAGAACAAAGAGCCUUUGAGGCCAAACUACAGGAAAUUGAAAAGGAGUAUAAGAACUGUGAAAACUUUUAUUCCUUCAUGAUCUUGAAAGGCAACUUUGACAGGACCUACAUAAAAAAUGUGGUGAAGAACACACUGAAAGACCUGGACGCUUCCAGCAGGAAAGCCCAGCUCAUUUCUUACCUGGCGUUACUCAACUCCUAUGUUACUGACUCUACAAUUUCAGUCUCACAGUGUGAGAUAUUUCUUGGAAUCACUUACACCAGUAAAUACGGGAAACCUGAAAGUGUAGAAGACAACAUGGGAACCUAUUCCACACUUCUAAUAAGAACCGAAGUUUCAGAAUACGGGAGAUACACUGGUAUACGCAUCAUUCACCCUCUAAUUGCCAUCUACUGUUUAAAAGAACUGGAAAUGAGCUACGGAAUGGAUAAGUGUCAAAUUGCACUGAAUAUGCUAAAAGACAAUGUAUUCUAUGAUUCUGGAAUAGGAAGAGACAAAUUUAAGCAUGACGUGCAAACUCUUUUACUUACAAGACAACGCAAGGAGCAUGGAGCUGAAACAGACACACUGUUUUCCCCCUUAAUUGAAGAACUGCAGAAUGAGGAAACCGAAAAUGUCUUGACAGCAGGAAGUGAUCGGUUCCCACAAAAUGCAUUCAUUUGUCAAGCUUUGGCAAGACACUUCUAUAUUAAAGAGAAGAACUUUAGCACGGCUCUGGUCUGGGCAAAUUUGGCCAAAAGGAAAGCACCUAAGAAUUCCUAUAUUUCAGAUACGCUCGGUCAAGUUUACAAAAGUGAGAUCAAACAGUGGUUGGGUGAAAAUAAGAGCUGUAAAACUAUUAGUGUGGAUGAUCUAAAACAUUUUCUAGAAAUUGCCGAAAAAGCCUCCAAAGCUUUCAAAGAGUCUCAGCAGCAAACUGAUAGCAAAGACUACGAAACUGAAGCCUGGUCUCCACAGAGGUCCCAAAGAAGAUACGACACAUACAAUACAGCUGGCUUCUUCGGUGAAAUAGAAGUAGGUCUUGAUACUAUCCAGCUUCUUCAGCUCACACCGCUUUUCCACAAAGAAAAUGAAAUGUUGAAAGAAUCUAUGGUACACUUUUUAUCUGGAAAGGGGAUCACCCCUCCAGACCCCAAAGAUGAAUAUUAUGUUGCUCUCAGCAACUUUACAUUCCACCUACAGAAUUUACAGUCGGAUCUGAAAAGGUGCUUUGACUUUUUUUUGGAUUAUAUGGGUCUUCUGAAACCAAGGAACACCCCAAAAGAAAUGACAGAACUCUUACUAAUGAAGAAAGUCACCCGGAGUUUCAAGAAAUACUCAGAACUCUUCUGCCAUUUGGAUACCAACGUGUUACAGGGUAAAGAAGAUCUGUUACUUCAAGAGGAGACCUGUAGGAAACGCAUAGAAGCCUGGAGAGCAGACACGUUUUCGGGACUCCUCGAAUAUCUAAACCCAAACCACAAAGAAGUUAACAACAUGGAAAAUAUAGUGAAAGAUUACAGCUUCCUGUUACUGCAAAACAAGCGGCUAACAAAAGGGCUGACAAAAGAGACACAAAAUUUCAUUUUGGCCAACAUUAUUCUCAGUUGCCUCAAACCCAGCUCCAAGUACAUCCUGCCAUUUAACACGCUGAAAACAAAGCUCAGAGAGGUCCUGCAGAUUGUGGGGCUCAACCACCCGCAUCCUGAUCCAUAUUUCCUGGCUUGCCUCUUGUUCUGGCCAGAAAACAAAGAGCUAGAUCAAGAUUCCACCUUAAUAGAAAAAUACGUCUCCUCCCUGAAUCGGUCCUUCCGGAGACAGUACAGGCGCAUGUGCAGGUCCAGGCAGCCGAGCACGCUCUUCUACCUGGGACAAAAGAAGGGUCUUCACAGUCUCGUCCACAAGGCCGAAAUCGAACGGUACUUCAGUGAAGUGCAAGAUUCAAAUUCCUUCUGGCAGAGUGGAAUAGUGUGGGAAAAGAGAGAGGUCAAAGACCUCCUACGCCUGCUGGAUGGCCAGGCUGAAGGCAAGCUCAUCUCUGUGGAAUACGGAACAGAGGCAAAAAUAAAAAUACCGGUGACUUCCGUGUAUUCGGGUUCACUCAGAAGUGGAAGGAACAUAGAGAGAGUGUCGUUCUACCUAGGAUUUUCCAUCGAGGGCCCUCUGGCAUACGGCAUAAAAGUAAUCUAGGAAGGCAUGUUAGUUCAACUAUGUGAAUUGGCAUUUCUUACUGUAGCCACUCUUCCUAGCCUACAGCAUUUGCAUGACACUACUGGCUUCAGUAUAACCACACAGUUUUCUCCUUUUCCUCUCAAUCAGUUAUGGAAUACUUUGGAGGGCAGGAAACAUGUCCAUACCACAGAGCUUGGCCCACAGAAGCAGCAGUCCUUCUACAUCCUAAGUAUGUAUUCCCAAAUACACACAUUCAGUCAAGAUGUUUCCCUUGCAAUGAGUCACACUCUUAACUGCUCAAUAAAAUCUGUUGUAAAUGAAA